ACCAGGGCAGUGAAGUAACACCAGAUACCAACUGAGCCGGUGACGGAGUUUCCAUACCAAUCCAAUCAUAUUCAACCACGUCAUCACUCCUUCCUUUAACGUCACCCACGUGUCGACGGUCACCGUCAACUCACCCUCUUCCGUCAAAAAACGUUACCAAUAUCGAAAAAAUAAAAUACAAAAACAAAAAUAAACGUAACAAACCACGAAAAGACGUCGGUAAUAUUGAUUCUCGCCGGCCAAAAUUUUAAAAAUAAAUAAAUAAAACCCUAAACUAUUUCUCUCUCUCUCUCUCUAACUACUUUCUCUCUCCUUUCUGUUGAAUCGGCGGUGAGGUUGUUAUGGACGACGACGACGAGAUCCACUCCAAUCCAUCGCCGUUGAGCGGAUCUCCGGUGUCGUCACCUGGAGCAAAAGGUCGGAUUUCGGUGACGGUUGCGGCCCCUGCGCCGCUACAAGAACAUCCGGUGGUGAACAGCUAUGCAUUAGCGCUUCCGAUUCAGAAUCAGGCGGCGAGAGGAAGCAACGGUGGAGGGAGGGAGGAUUGCUGGAGCGAAGGCGCGACGGCGGUGCUGAUCGAGGCGUGGGGAGAGAGGUACCUUGAAUUGAGCAGAGGGAAUCUGAAGCAGAAGCAUUGGAAGGAGGUGGCGGAGAUCGUUAACGGGAGAGAGGAUUAUUUAAAGGCGCCGAAAACUGAUAUCCAGUGCAAGAACCGGAUCGAUACGGUCAAGAAGAAGUACAAAUCGGAGAAAGCUAAGAUCGCUGCCUCCGGCGGCGUUGUAGCUAGUAAAUGGCCGUUUUAUGACCGGUUAGAAUACCUGAUCGGUCCAACCGCCAAGGCCACCGGCGUCACAGGUGCUAGCACUUCUGGAAACAGUAAUUUGCCACCGCAGAAAGUUCCGUUAGGAAUUCCGGUGAAUCUCCGGACCGCCGGUGCUGGGAAUCAGUUUAAUUCUCAAAAGAAAAAUCAGAAACAACAGCCACAGCAACAGGCUCAGUUGAAUUACCAGAAAGUUCAGCUCCGGCCGCGAGCUCCUGCGAUAGAUUCCGAUAAUUCGUCCGAACGAGAAGCGUUAUCGCCAGUUUCGAGUGACAGUUUACCGCCGGAGAGUCACGAGAGGAAGAGGGUGAAAGUGAAUCCAACUGGUGGAGAAGGGACAAGGAAAGGGAAAGGUUGGGGGAGUGCGGUGAGGGAAUUGACUCAGGCGAUUGUGAAAUUCGGUGAAGCUUAUGAACAAGCGGAGACAUCGAAGUUGCAGCAGGUGGUGGAGAUGGAGAAACAGAGGAUGAAGUUUUCAAAGGAUUUGGAGUUGCAGAGAAUGCAGUUUUUCAUGAAAACACAGAUGGAGAUUUCACAGCUCAAGCUUGGAAGAAGAAAAAGUGUUAAUGGAAAUGGUAAUGGUAAUGGUAACCCUAGCAAUCAUCAUAAAAACAUCAAUGAAAACAUCAACAACAACAACAACCAUAACAAUAAUAGUGACACUGAAUGAGUGAGUGAUGCUUAUGAUUAGGUUAAGGUUAGAUUCAAAUUUCAAUUCCAAUUGUGUAUGUGUUGAGUUAUGAUGGAUUAAGAUUAUCCAUUCACUGUUACAGUUAACUUAGUGAGAUGUUGUUGCAAAAGAGAGAAUAAAAAAAAAGAGGAGUGUGUUGUGUUAAAUAAAUUAGUAUAUCAAUGUAGCAUAUGUAUCAUUAUGUGUAACAAUGUUCUGAACUGUUGUUAUUAUCAGUAUCAUUGUUGAUAGCUUCUACUUUGAUACAAUGUACAUAUUGGAUUUGAAAACUGAUGUUUUCUAAUUUAGCCAAA